AUGGGACAAGCCCUGCAAACGACGGCGCUCUUCAUCCUGCACCAAUGGCUCCUGAUCGGGAUCGGGGUCGUCUGCGUGCUGGCGUACUACUUCCCGAACGUGGCGAAGAACGGGGGCAUCAUCCGGUCCGAGUAUAGCGUGCUGUACGGGGCGAUGGCGCUCAUCUUCCUGAUCUCGGGGCUCAGCGUGCCGCGCGAGAAGCUGUUCCGGCACCUGCUCAACUGGCGGCUGCACGUGCUGGUGCAGGGGUUCUCGUUCGUGGUGAUCCCGGCGCUGAUGCUGGCGGUCGUGCACAUCAUCCUGGCGGGCGAUCCGCAGCAGCGCAUCGACCGCGCCGUGCUGGCCGGCUACGUCUUCCUGGCCUGCAUCCCCACGACCAUCGCCUCGAACGUGGUGAUGACGCGCUCCGCCGGCGGCGACGACGCCGCCGCCCUGGUGGAAGUCAUCAUCGCCAACUUCCUGGGCCCCUUUGUCACGGCCGGCUGGACCAUCGCCCUCCUGCCCGCCGACCCGGCCUUCGACCCCUGGCGCGGCGCCGCCGCCGCCGGCGGCGGCGACCUCUCCGACAUGUACCGCGACGUCUUCAAGCAGCUCGGCCUCGCCGUGCUGCUCCCGCUCGUCGUCGGCCAGCUCGUCCGCUGGACCUGGCCCGACCGCACCGCCUGGGUCCUGCUCACCUUCAAGCUGCCCAAGCUGAGCACCGCCUGUCUGCUGUUGCUGAUCUGGUCAACAUUCAGCUCCUGCUUCGCAACCGGCGCCCUCCAGACCCUCUCCGUGCAGACCAUCAUCUUCGUCACCCUGUUCAACAUCGCCCUCUACAUCUUCAUGACAGCGGCCUGUUUCGUCCUCUCCCGGCCCCCCGCCUUUCUGGCGCCGAGGAGGGUGGAAUUCCGGCCGUUUCGGCCCAUGGACCCCAAGGAAGCCAUCGCCGUGUGUUUCUGUGCCCCCGCCAAGAGCAAUGCGCUGGGCAUUCCGUUGCUGUAUGCCAUGUGGGGGUCGUUGGAGCUGUAUCUGAAGGCGAAGACCUCCGUGCCGGUGCUGUUGUUUACCACGGAGCAGAUCUGUGUCGCGCAUUUCUUUGUGCAUUGGUUUAAGAAGUGGAGGGUGCGGGUGGAGGGGACGACUCGAAUUGGGGAGGGGGAGGGAUGGGGGGAUGGGGAUGCGGCGGUUGCGGGGAGGAGUGGAGGGGACGAACGUGGUUGGGGACAAGUCGAUUACGACCCUAUACAUUGA